GAAAACACCACUGGCUGUCUCCAUCAAACCUUUCACUACCACAUCUAUAAAUCCUGUCUUCAACCAUCAUUGGCCAGCACCAUACAAAGCUCUCCAGUAAUGGCCACCGCAAGCUCCACUGACUCAUCCCUCUCUCCUCUGAGAGUGUCUACAUGCUGUUUUUUCUUUUUGAAAGGAGAGCUGCUGAUAAAUGAAGCCUUCCAUAUGUGGUUAUUGGGCAAAGUAGCAUUGGUAACAGGUGGAGCUACUGGUAUUGGGGAGAGCAUUGCCCGGCUAUUUUGCAGACAUGGUGCAAAAGUUUGCAUAGCUGAUUUGCAAGACAACCUUGGACAAAAUGUUUGCGAGUCGCUUGGUGGUGAGCCAAAAACUUGUUAUAUCCAUUGUGAUGUCACAAUAGAGGAUGAUGUUCGCCAAGCUGUUGACUUUACUGUUGAUAAAUUUGGAACAUUGGAUAUUAUGGUUAACAAUGCUGGGCUGGGAGGUCCCCCCUGUCCAGAUAUCCGUAAGGUGGCCUUAUCAGACUUUGAAAAGGUGUUUGAUGUAAAUGUGAAGGGUGUUUUUCUUGGAAUGAAGCAUGCAGCACGGAUUAUGAUCCCCCUAAAUAAGGGUUCAAUUGUUUCUCUCUGUAGUGUUGCCAGUGCCAUAGGGGGUAUGGGCCCACAUGCUUACACAGGGUCAAAGCAUGCUGUAUUGGGUCUGACCAGAAGUGUUGCAGCUGAACUAGGAAAACAUGGGAUACGUGUAAACUGUGUCUCUCCCUAUGGAGUUGCGACAAGCUUGGCUGUGGCUCAUUUGCCCGAGGAUGAGAGGACUGAGGAUGCCUUAAUAGGUUUCCGCUCUUUUAUUGGGAGGAAUGCUAACUUGCAAGGUGUGGAAUUGACAGUUGAUGAUGUGGCCAAUGCCGUGCUCUUCCUAGCAAGUGAUGAAGCAAGGUACAUAAGUGGGGAUAAUCUAAUGCUUGAUGGGGGCUUCACGUGCACAAACCACUCACUCCGUGUCUUCAGAUGACGAGUGAUUUUCUUGAGGCAUACUGCAAUGUCUUAGGUGGUUUUGAGAUUGACAACUCUGUCUUUUGGUGUCACAGCUUCUAGUAGGUUUGGACAGCAGCUGAUACAAAGAAGAAACAAAUGUUAUCAGUUGUAGAUUGCACCUUGAUUUCUGUAUCAUUAGGUAUGAUUCAAGACUAAUCCUCCAUGUUUUGAUCAUCGUGAAUUCUAAUUGGACUUGUUGCUCAAUUCCUUGCAUGAACCAUAUUUUUUUCACUUCACCAUUUUGGAAGUAGUGAAUUUGAAUUCAAGUGCAA